AUGAUGAAGCGCCAGGACGGGGUUGAAAAGAAGGCCAAGAUAAUGGAAAAGAGUCCUUCGGCACGUGACGGUGGCAGAUGCAUCCUGCCGACGCUCGACGAAUCGAUUUCGGACGAAGCGCCGAGAGCCUCAGAUUCUUCUUCUUCUUCUUCUUUCCGUCGCCUUCUGGCACCGCCCAUCUUCUUCCGAGUGUUCCCUUCUUUUGUUCCAUCUGCUCCAAAAUCACACGUCCUCCUCCUCCUCUCUUCCUUUCAACGCCUUCUCAUUUCUGACAACUUCGGUUUGAAGCUUCCCGGUGUCUUGAAAGCGUGUUUCGAAUCGUCGUGGUCAAUCGAGACAACCUAUCAUCUCCGAAAUUAGAGCGAUCACCUUAAUUUGAUCAAGUUUUUUUGUCAAGGACAAGUUUGAAAUGGGUUUUUAUAUACGGUAUUCACAAACUGUGUACUGCACUUCGACGUAAAAGGUGCAAAAGGAGUUUAUUACGCGCUUUUUUUACGGAUCGGUCAACGUUUUUUUCUUCUCAAAAAUUAUUUCUUCUCUUUUUUUAUUAUUUUUUUAAACUUCAGAUUAACUAGUUGAAAACUUUAUUUUCCACCUAAAUCCAGGUUUUUAGAAUAGUUUUUUUAAUUUUCCAUUUCUGAAAAUUUGAAAAAAGUUAUUUUUAUCAAUUUCAUUAUUUUUUCGUUUCAAAUUUUUCGCUGUUUGACGACCAAAGUAAAUCUUUUGUUUGUUAUUUUUUUGGAUUAUUGGCAUCAAUCACGUUUUCCUCCGCAACGGUUUAUAUCGAUUUUUAAAUAACUGUUUCUGUUUCCUAUUUUUUUGAUUUCCGAGUUUUUUUUUUCAUGGAAAAAAAAGACCCCUGAGCUGUUUUUAAUUGGAAAUAUGACACCUACAUUUCGGUUGAUUUUUGUUUUUCAUAACAAGGACUAUCUAAAUGUGAGGAACUAUACUGUUUUGUCCUGAAAUUGGUUUAUAAGUUGUCUAAUUAUUUUGAAUAACGAUUUUUUUGGUUUUUGUGCAGCUGAAUUCGAACAUCUGUUCAAACAUGUACUGGCUUUUAAUUAUGAUUUUUUUUUCUGCUGUAUACAUUAUCUGAAGGUCAAGUAAAGAAUAGUUUUGAACGUGAAUAAUUUGAUUGAAAUUGAAACGAGGAACUUUUCUUUCCCUUGAAGGGCAGUAACCUUUUUGGGACGGUGGCUAGUCAUAGGGUCAGCUGAGGCGUCCCCUGCCGUCAUUCCGUCCGUUCUUCGUUUCGCUUCGCCUUUUUUUUUUUGCCUCUCUACAUAUCUCGCCAGCCGUCCUUGGUGGUUUCGCAGCAGAAACGUCUCGGUUUCUUUCAGGUCCUUCGCGGCAAAUGGCCCACGUCCUGAUGUGCGAGCCGGACGUUCAGCGGAUUCAGUUCGUUUUUUUUUAACUCUAAAAUGCAUCUAUUUAGAUCAGUAGAAGCUUACAGAAGUUUUUUAGAUUUUUACGGCUCAAGGAAUUGUUUUUAGUGCUCUGUUCAAGUUUUUUAAAAUAGUUAGGAUCUUGAUAACCUUAAAUAACACUAAAAAAGGAAUUUUAUUUUUGGUGUUUUGUGCAAAAUUUUGAAGUAGCAGGAACCUUGAUAACCUUAAAUAAAACUGAAAAAAGGCUCUUUUUCAGAAAUUACGUCUUUGAGAACUUUUUUUCGAAGCUCUAAACCUUCAGAGGGCUGUUGUGAAUGGAAUACAAAUUAUUUUUUUUUCUUUUUUUUUCAACCUUACAUUUGAACUUCAUUAACCUUAUCAGUCCUUUAAGGAUUCAAGAUUUUAUCAUUUCCUCCAAUUUUUUGGUCCUGUUCAGACUUUUUUUUUUCAAUUUUUCAUCAAUAGAAUCAGUUCCACACGCACCAUUGGUAACUAGCUGCAGAAUAAUUCAGUAGUUUUUGCCUCGAAUCUGCCAUUCCAAAAACAAUUACUUCAAAAAUAGUAGUAAAAAGUUUGCAAGAUCAUGUUCCAUUUCGCGCGUCCAUUUCUAAACGAUUUGACCUUGUUUGUUGGACUAUCCUGACUUGCGAGGUCGACUUUUUGAUUUAUCGCGUUUAAUUUGAGGCAAUUCCAUUUCUCUUUCGAGGAUUUCCCUCAAAACUCCGCCUUUCCAACUGAAAUUUGUUUCGCAACGCUUGGAUUAAUCUGAAAUGGAUACUCAUGCGACGCCUCUGCAUCUAAUGGGAUAAGAGGCCUUCGUGUCGAAAUUUGAGCUAAUUGGGUAUUCCGAGAACACAGUUCUGAGCAGAUCUGACAGAUUUUUUUCAAUGAAUAAAAUGAAAAAUUUUUUUGAAAAAAAGUGAUUUUUUUUGAAGCAAUAUAGCGCGCAGUGGAGACCUGAUACAAUGAAAAAAAAGUUUCUGAAGAAGAAUUUUUUUUUGUUUUCAUGCUCACCAUCUGGUCAGAGGUACAAAAAAAGUAUCAUGAUAACCUCCAGAAAAUGUUUUUUGACGAAGUUUGGCUAUUCAAAAGCAAGUCAUGAGAAAAACGUGAAAAGUUUUUUUUUCUAGAAAACCCAAAACCUGGUUAAAAACAUACAGAUCUGGGAAAUUUUUAGUGGUCAGUAUAGGGUUUUGACGUUUUAAUGGCCACUAUAGUAGUCAAGUUAGUGGCCACUUUAGGGGUGAAAAAUUUAUGGCCACUAGAGAGGUCUAAGUGCUACUACUAGACCACAAAAAUCGAAAAUUGCUCCAAAACAAAAAUUAGUACUGUUUUGGAGCAACUUUGGCGGGCCGAUGAGCACGAUUUUUCUUUGUGAAGCAUUUCUGAUUCGAAGCUCGCAGUGUUGAACUCAAAAUUUAUUCCAAGGAAUCGAAAACGAGACUUUUUUCACAUGUUCAAGAUUUUAAUAUUUUCAGAAAUGAGUUCGGCGAGGGUCGCGAUGAGCAGAUGGUCCGAAUGCAGGCAGAGCUCGAGUCAGUCCUUUCUUCCUUUUUUUCCCACGCAGCUCGUGUACUCACGGAUUCCGAUGUUUUUCAGUGCGACGCGAAAUGCUCUCGCCGAAAAGGAGGCAAAGGUGACCCGAAUGAGUCGGAUGCAGGACUCGGUCGACGCCGAGGUCCAGGAACUCACCGAGAAACUUUUUCAGGUGAGGCGGAGGAUCUUUGAAAAGUUAAACACUCAGAAGAGAUUCUAAACUCAAAGAAAAAAAAGUCAAAAGUUCUUCUCAAAAAGGGUGCCUUCAGGAAGAUUUUACUCUACUUUCAAGUUAUUAGAGGUAGAUAUUUUAGAAAAAAAUAAUUUUUUUAACUUGCUUAAAAACGCUCAAAUUCAAAAUUUUGGCAAUUCAAAAUUUUUUUGUACGUAAAUAUAGAAAGAAUCCUUGAUAAAGUGAAUCAGGGUUCCGAAAAAUCUUAAAAUUUUCUUUUUUACGAGUUCAUUUUUAGAGCUCUCUAAAAGAAAAGGGAUCCCUGAAGCUUUAGGGGCUUAAGAUUUUGAACCCUGUAGCGGUCCCUAAGAUUUUGACCCCUAUAGGGAUCCCUAAAACAACAAAGCCCUAGAGGGGCUCCUCAGAAAUUUCUCAGAAUGACGAUAAAAAACCAAUUUUCCCGGCUCUGAUAGGGAAGCGUUGAAGCUUGUUUUAUUGAUAUUUCAAAAUUUUUAUUAUCAAUGGUUUUUUUGAUUUAUUAUUCUCUUUAUCAUACAUCUCAAAAAAAGUUUUUCCAAUUUUCUCAGCAUUUUGAAAAGUUGAGUAACAUAACCUUCUCCAUCAGUGAAACGAGGGUCCAAAAAGUAAUAUUUUUUGUCUCGAAUCUCGAAAUUUACGGUAGUUUUGCGUAGAGUUUACGGUCGUGGGACCAUUGCCAAUUCCCAGGAUCGAAUUUCCACUGUUUAUAGUCCAGUUUCACGCGACUUUUAGUGUUAAAAUAUUGCGUCAGCAUUUUUGAGAGGGUUUUUGGAGCUCUUCAGGAUUGAAAUUUAUGGUUUCGCUGUAGAGUUGCAAGAUAUAUUUUUCAAGGAAAUUUUUUCAUCGGGUGUAGAAAAUGACUCAAGUUGGUAUAUUAUUUGAAUAGACACGCUUUUCAAGUUUAAAUCCACCUUCAAGGUUCUGUAAACGACGAAAAAAAGACUUAUGAAUGGUUUUAGCGGUUUACCCCCUAGAAACAAAACGUUAGCCUCUUAUUUCAAAAUAUGUUUUGAAAUGCUUUGUUGCAUCAUUAUUAACUUAAAUAACUCUUCGUAGGAAGCCUACAAAAUGGUGAACAAGGCAGAAGAGCGACGGGAAAAGGCCGAGAAGCUGUUGAACGAGUCGCGCUCCGAGGUGCACCCCCACUCCUAAUCCCUUUAAGCCAAAUGUUUUGUUUGAGAUGGAAGUUUUGCGAGCCGAGGUGGCCGCCUUGAAAGAGUUGGUGAAGGCGCCCGGAAUGGGUCGGAAUCACUUCCAACAGACGUCGCCCCAACACAAAUCCGCACUCAGCAAAAUUUUCAACUGUAGGCCCGGGAAUGUUUUGAUUGGGAUGACGCGUUUGUUUACAGCCGCGUCGAGCAAGAAGACCAAGGAGCCGACGAACAAAAAGUCGGCGUCGCUGCCCUCUACGUCCACACAACAGAGCCAGCCGAGUUGUGCCGAUAGGGAGCAGAAAGAGGCAGACGCCGUCGAGGAGGUACUCACAGGAAAAAUGCUUGAUUUCGGCGAAGUUGAAACGAUUUUUUGCUUGUAUAAGUUCGCCGAUUUUCUCUCACCUUAUCAUACCUCAUGGGAAUUCACCGCAGUAAUUCUUUAAGUGAUCACUGAAUUAGAGAAAAUCUCCGUUUGAGUGAUAACUUAGGUUUUUCUAGCGAUUGAUUGAAAAGGACUUGGAGGAGCGACUACUUCGAAAAACUGUACUUUUCAGUAGUUUCUGUUAAAUUUUAAGUGAAAAAAACAGGAAACGUUUUUUACUUUCGUAAAACGCUUGAUAUUUGACUUGAAGAAAAUUUGCGCUUUUUGGGCCGGGCCGGCCGCUUUGGCUGGGUGCCCCGCUAAUGGCGGAUCCGAUUACGUCGAAAAAUGUUUCAUUCAAAUGCGCUCCAUCGGAUGGUUUUGUAGAGACGUCAACUUUGACAUAGGGCGCCAAAAGAUCGCCACAACUCUUUCUCUGACAUACACUAUUUCGCCGUUAUCUAGCUGCGAAAAAACGACGAAACAGUGUGUGUCAGAGAAAGAGAUGUGGCGAUCUUCUGGCGCUUCAUGUCAGUGGGUGCGCAAAAAUUAUACGAAAAUCUUCUUGCUUCUAUUUCGUUCUUGCAUUUUGAACAAGGCUUUCAAUUUUUUUUUUCAAUUUCUAGCCUUUUCGUACAGCCAACACCUUUAAGGUACAUUUAAAUUUUUUUUUCCAAUAAAUUAUUAACUUUCGGGAAAAGCUCAUUUCAUGAUUAACAACCUGAUACAUUCGAAAUUUAAAUCCUAUGUUUCACUGACUUUUUCGGAGAACACUCCUAGAACAUUUCGAAGAGCCAAAACGGGCGAUUUUGAGGUGGACCCGAUCCUCUUCGCGGAGUUCCAGUCGUGGCGCGAUGAGGGCCAUCCCCGCGACGACAACGCCUUCAUGCAACGGGUGCUCACCGAGGAGGUCGAGCCCUGCAUGACUUUCGAGAACGAAAAGGUCCCAUCAAACUGAAGAAUAAUUAUCAAAUUUCAAUUAUGCAGUUGUCGGAAGAGAUCAUGUUGUCCAUACUGGACAAUCGGCUGGAGCUCGAGCCGAUCAACGAAGCUAAGCCUGCGGUUAGGUAAGCGAUCAAAAAAGGAUUCUUUUUUUAUUCUGGAAGUUUACAGAGAUUGCGCUCUGACGUGCGUCUCCCGGUUCUGUCCUUACAAAAUUCGGACGGAGGACGGCCAGGACUGGCACUUCAUUUCCUUGAUUGCGCGGAAUCGUGUGAGUUUCGAAGAAUAUUUGAAAAUAUUAUAGUCCUCCAUUUUUUUAAGGCGACGGGGCGUAAUUUUUUUUCAAACCUCAUCCUAUUCCGAUUUUAUUUAAUAUACAUAUUUCUUCAAACCAUGUUUCUCUCAAUAGAUUUUUUUCCAAAGAAAAAAAUGUUUUUUUGGCUUGAAACGAAGCUCAAAAAUUUACUUUUUUUUGGAAAUAUUUUUUUUCACAGUUUUCAUACAGCUCAGUUGAUAUGUGAUCGAGCAAGAAUAAAUUUAAAAAAAUGUAGAUUUUCCUUGAAAAUGUAGAUCUUUAGAUUAGGGAGGAAAUAAUAUGUCGAACUCAAAAAAGGCUCUAUAAUUUUUUUUUUUACUUUAAAUUGACUGGGCCUCUGCAAAACUUCCUGGUUUUGAGAGCCUUCAGUUUGAUUUUUCUUCGAUUUUAAGCAACAUUUUGAGACUGUGGCUCUUGAAAACCAUUUUUUUAGGACUUUAUAUCGUCCAAAAAUAAAUUAUGGGGUCGAUUUUAAGCUAUUUUUGAAGUUCAGUCCGAAUAAACCUAUCCUAACUUUGAUAUUCGAAAACUAGAGAGCACUGAUAAACGGGAGGGCGCAAAGAGAAAAAACGCCCGCCCUCUUGUUUUCAAACGCUCUCUAACUUUCGAAGAUUCCAAGUCUCAAACCACCUUCUAAGGCUCACCAGAGACGGUUUUCAGAUCGCGGCAGUUUGCGACUUCUACACCUGCGUGCGCUACCUGAGCGAGGGCCUCAUCCGGAGCGGCCUCCGCGAUUCCUACUUCCACGUCGUCGGCCUUCGCAAGAACAUGGCUCUGGCCAAACUCGGCCUCGGGUUCGUCCCCAAAGCAAACGUCCGACCAUCGUUUUGA